CGCCGAAGCCCCUGCGGAUAGUGGCGCUCAGCGACACACACGGCUUCCAGGGCAGCCUGCAGGCCGAGGACAUCCCGAGGGGAGACUUGCUCGUGCACUGCGGGGACUUCUCCCCGGACUGCCCUCGCGAGAGGCGGCGGAGCGAGCUGGAGCGGUUCGACCUCUGGCUCCGCGACGUGUGCCUCUCGCGCUUCCAGGGCCGGCGGCCUCUGGUGGUCCGAGGGAACCACGACCCCGGGAUGCUGCAGAGGUUCCUCGCCCGCGCCAGGCUCCCCGCGGGCGAGGAGUGCCUGGUCUUCCCCCAGAGCAGGGCCCUAUACCUCACGAGGGACUGCUACUUCGACAUCGCGAACGGCACGGUGAGGGUCGCGGCGCUGCCCUGGAGACCGCCGCUGCUGGGGAGGCGGGAGCUCCGCGAGAGCGUGGACGUGCUGCUGUCGCACGCGCCGCUGCUGCGGCCGCUCGACCGGGAGGCGCUGGCGGCGCCGCGCCGUGGGCCCAAGGUCCACAUCUGUGGGCACGUCCACAUGGAGGCAGGGAGCCGCCUCUGCCGCUUCGGCGACGACGGUGCGACGGUGUUGUGCGUCAACGCCGCAAUGGCCAACGAUGGGAUAGCUGCCAG